AUGACGUUAAUGCAAAAGAACAUCAUUCAACUGUGCAAGAAUAGAGUAAUCAUUUUUGAUAAUACCACCAAGGAUAUGAUUAAGAGAGAGGAACAAGUAAAUGAGAUGCUCUCUCUUGUUGAGUCGAUUAUUGUGGACAAUGGUGGAAAACCAUACUCAAAUGAGUUUUUUGCAGGACUCAAGUCACAUGGAAUGGAGAUCGAUCCAAUUAAUGAUUGGGAAUUGACAACUGCAAGUAACAUUAUUAAUAUUGUCAUGGUUGGAAAGGUUGGUUACGGCAAGAGUGCAACUGGAAAUAGCAUUCUUGGAAGGGAGGCAUUUGUUUCUAAGUUUGGCUUUUUGCGAGUAACAUGUUCUUCUGAGCUACAAAGUACUAUUCUUAAUGAUGGUCGGAUUAUCAAUGUUAUAGACACUCCAGGACUAUUCGGUUGUUCUACUAGUGCUGAGGUAAUAAGCGGGGAGAUAAUCAAAUGCAUUAGUUUAGCCAACAAUGCUAUUCAUGCAGUACUCAUGGUAUUCUCCUUUAGAUCUCCCAUUUUAAUAGAAGAGGGGGCUACCAUUGAGAUUAUGAAAUCUCUUUUUGGGGACAAGAUUUUUGACUACAUGAUUUUAGUUUUUACUAAUGGGGACGUCCUAGAAUCUACACAAGAAAGCUUAAAGGACUUUAUUAAAUGUUGUCCAGAACCUUUGACGAACAUCAUUCAAUUGUGUAAGAAUAGAUUAAUCGUUUUUGAUAAUACCACCAAGGAUAUGAUCAAGAGAGAGGAACAAGUAAAUGAGUUGCUCUCUCUUGUUGAGUCUGUUAUUGUGAACAAUGGUGGAAAAUCAUACUCAAAUAAGAUUUUUGCAGAACUUAAGGAAGGAGCUUUACUUCAACACCAAAAGGUUAAAGAAGUUGAAGCUAAAGAAGGAUGUUCAAAAUGGGAGUUUUCUGAACUUAUGAAAGCGACCAUUAAAUCAUAUGAUGAUCGACUUAAGCGUGUAACUGAUAUGGUUGAAGAGCAAGCUGCUAGACUGGAAGCUAAAAGGCUUGGCCAAGAAUCAUUGAACGAUGAGGAGAUUCAAAAGUUCAAAGAGGAUCUGAGUGAUAUUAGGAAGCAACUUGAGGAGUUCAGGAAUCAUAUCGCUAAAGGCUAA